GGAGCGUCGAUUUGAAAGAAUGGCGGAGCCAGCUCCCGAUACCCCCAUUCCCCAUUGAUAUAUGACCCUCCCACGCGUCCAGCUCCGAAGCGAAAGUAGAACCGACGAGAGUCGGAGGAAUCACCGGGGAUCGUAGAGUCGCGCCCGCCUCCCGUUCCGUCCCGUCCCGUAACGUCCGCCCCCCACGUCGGCCGUAGCGUCCCUUAAGUGUCUGCACUAAAAGUGACAACCCGAUCCGUGUGACAGACGUUCCGUGCGUACAACUUCCCCCCCAAAUAACCCCCACAAUGGCUUUUCAGUGUCAACUGGACAGCUACAUGAGAGAGUUCGUCACCUCCGUCGUGUCCUGCAGCCCAGCGGAGCUCAAACAGGAAGUGGGCGGAAAGAAGGAAACGGUGAAAGGCUUCAACGUGAAGCUCCUCGACACCAUACUGUUCCCCGAGGGGGGCGGCCAGCCCGAUGACCGCGGCCUCAUCGGAGACGUGCCGGUGCUGAGGGUGACGAGGCACGGGCUGGACGCCGUGCACUUUGUGGCCUCACCUGUGGAGGUGGGCCGGGAGGUGCGCGUCAAGGUGGACUGGGAGAGGAGGUUCGACCACAUGCAGCAACACUCCGGUCAGCAUUUGAUCACCGCUGUGGCAGAAAACCUUUUCGGAUUCAAGACCACAUCCUGGGAGCUGGGGCGUCAGAGAAGCAGCAUCGAGCUGGACGCUCCCUCUGUGACGCCGGCCCAGCUCCAGGCUGUGGAGGACUCCGUAAACGACAAGAUCCGAGUCCACGUGCCCGUCUACGUUCAGCACCUCUCUACAGACGAUCCUGCUGUGGAAAAGGUGAGGAGUCGAGGGCUCCCCGACGACCACGCCGGACCGAUCCGGAUCGUCGACAUCGAGGGCGUUGAUGCCAACAUGUGCUGCGGGACCCACGUGUCCAACCUCAGUCACUUACAGGUGAUAAAGCUACUGGGAACUGAGAAAGGAAAGAAAAACAAAACCAACCUGAUCUUCCUGGUAGGAAAUAGGGUUAUAAAGUAUGCUGAGAGAAGCUACAGCACAGAGCGAUCUCUGGUGUCUCUCCUGAAAACUGGACCCGAUGAGCACGUUGAGGCCGUCGACAAGUUGCAGAAGUCUGUUAAACUACUUCAAAAAACGAACCUGAGCCUGCUGCGAGACAUGGCCGUCCUCGUGGCCCAGAACUUCAAGAACAACCCCCAGAGAGGAAACUUCUUCAGCUUGCACAGGAAAGAGGGUGACAAUGAGUUCAUGAGCAUCAUCGCCAACGAAAUAAACACAGAGGAGACGUUGCUCUUCCUGACUGUCGGCGAGGAGAAGGGACCCGGUUUGUUUCUACUGGCUGGACCCAGUGGACGGGUCGCUGAGAUGGUACCGCGGGUGUUGGAGAUGCUCCAAGGGAAGGGGGCGGGGAAGAACGGACGCUUCCAAGGAAAAGCCAACAGCCUGAGUCGCAGAGGGGAGGUGGAGGCUCUCCUGCAGCAGCACGCCUCACAGGGACAAUAACCACACCUUCACUGCUUGUUUUUGGUAUUCUUAUUCGGUUGAGGGCAAUUGCCUUUUAUUUCUAUGAUGAAGGUUAUAACUCUGACUUUUGUACAUAUAAUUGUUUGCAGUUGUCAUUUAAAAUGUAGAACAUUCUAUUCAGUCAGUUAUUAAAUGUCCAGCUCAAGUGCACCUCAAUGUUUCAUUUAGUCCAGGGGUCUUCAAAUAAAAUGUGAAAAGGUCCAGUUAGAACAUUUCUAGAAGCAAAGGUCCAGAAGAUCAUAAUGUGAUUCAAUAGAGUUGUAUCAAUAUCUGCAUGUAAUCAAUACAACUAUGUAAACAGUGACACUGUGAAUCAUCGUGAGUUCUGGUGUCUCUAGUGGAAUCAAAGCUGACCUUCCUGAUCCACAUUUGGGAUUUGAUUCUCUCUCCUCAAGAUGCCGUGUGUCAAACGUGUUUAUUUCUAUGGAAUGCCGUUUUAUUCAAAAUUAAAUAAAUGAAUAAAUACACGGUAAUGCAUAAUGA